AUGGCAUCAUGUUUCAUUUUUUCAGUAGCAGAAGGCAGGGAAUCUCCAGUGUCCACUGUUGUUCAGGCUGACAGUGACCAGGGAGAGGAAGAUUGCCCUCGCAUUUCACUGCUGAACGGAAUAGACCAAAGUCGGCGUCAUCGAACCGCGUUUACGCGGGAGCAGCUGAAUCGUCUCGAGCAAGAAUACUGCAAAGAAAGUUACGUGUCCAGACCCAGACGAUGUGAACUGGCUGCUGCGCUUAACUUACCAGAGACCACAAUAAAGGUCUGGUUUCAGAACAGAAGAAUGAAGGACAAGAGGCAACGUCACAGUCUACACUGGCCAAAUCCACUGGACCCAAACAUGUGUGCAUUUAUGGUAAAUCAGGCAGCCUCUGGACUGCCCUACCCACUGUUACCCCACAUACCCCUUCAUCUGUACUCUCAUCUGAGCAUGGGUAGCCUCUCCAGUUACUCAAACCCUUAUGUCGCCACCACAAGGCAUGUGGACAGUCUGCACCUCCCAUCCUCGUCUUACCCUUGGCUAGGUGGACUUCCACAGCCGGCACUGUACUCCCCUGCUCAGACAAUGCACCAUCCUGUCGCAUGCCCUUGUCCCCACUGCCUCCACUGGAGACCAGAACAAAUGCUUAAAGUCAGAGCGGGGGCCAGCCUGGGGUUACGCAACUCAAAACCUUUUGCAGUGCUUCAGGAUAAUAGCAAAGAGGUGUCUUUGCCUCAGUAAAGGGAAUGCCACAUUGUAUUUAUGUA